AUGCCCACAGGCCCAUCUCGAAUUCCACCACAGUCAUUACCUCCGUGGGAUCAUCAUCAUCAUCACCAUCAUCCUGCAAAUCAGCCGACACCCUCGAGAGGACUAAGUACUGGACCACCUGCAGGACCCGGAAAUAUAUCGGGUCCACCCUCGGGCCGUCCACUGCCCUUUGUUGGGUCUUGGCCCGAUAGUCGUAGAGGACCACAAACACCUGGAAGUCAUUUUCCAUAUUGGGAAAAAAAACGUUAUUUGCGGAAACAAAGUGGUUCACAGUUCCUCUGUGGCAGUCGCGGCCAGGCUCCAGGCUUAAAAGAUGAUGGCAAUUAUGAGGAUUUAUUGGAAAAAUAUCGUAAUAUCCAGGAACAGUUGGCUAGUUUACGAGAGGAAGAAGAUCGAGCUACAUGUGGGCUUUCUGACUUGAAUUACACCGAUGAGAACACCAACAGUGGAAUGUCUCAUCAAGCUCAAUACAUUACACAAGAUGGUUCCUACAGGACAGUGUCAAUUUCCCAUCGGUGUUUCCAGUCUCCAGGAGAUAGCUCUCCCAGUAUCAAACGUUCAGAGGCUGGUGACAGUAUGGAUGCUGCAUCUGUAUCCGAAAAUUCCAAAAAUGAUAAGAAAAUGAAAAUGGAUGAUGAAGAUUUGGAGUUGGAAGAAUUACGCCGCAUAGCGCUUGCCUCCACAGACAGUAAUAAACCAAAAUCUACUAUGUCUUCAUUAAAGCAUGACAAAUCAAUGUCAAGGACAACCUCAGUUAGGCAUUCCCGUUCAUUCUCCAACAGCCUCAGUUCCAGACUUGCAAGAUCAGCGCGAAAGAGGGAACCGUCUGUACUUCGAGAUCGAAUACCCUGCAGUAGUGCUCCACGUAGGAAGGUUCAUCUUGCACGAUUUAUUAAUCAAUCCGACCGAUCUCGACGUUCCAAGUUGGGAGUUGAUCGUAAAAAGCAGCUGCUUGCUGAUGACCAACGUAGAGAUGUAUGCAAAAUUUUGGAAGUGCACGAUCCAUUGGAGCAACUGGAGAAGCUGGCGAAGUUUGUUAGGGAACGGAAAAAAGACUUUCCUAGUUUCCGGCUCAGCCAUAGCAAAUCUCCUUCAUCCAAGAAAUCUGAUGCCAAAGGAGAUGGAAAAACAUCCAAACUCUUGCAGGACAAUUAUGAAGAGGUUGCCAUGGAUAUAGAUUCUGAUGAUGGUACAACUACAGUACCAGAGAUUGAAGAUAUUGAUAUAAAAAGAGACCAAGUGCUGCUUCCCAAUGUAUUUCCGGAUCAGAAUUUCUCGGAUUUGAAGCUUGAAUGGCCUGAUCGCCCUGAAGGGUGGCUGAAACUACCUCCACCACCACCACCUCCGCCUUUACCACCUGAUGACAGCCUCAAUAAAACAUCUGCUAGCCCUGUUGCCCAUCUUCUUUAUCCCCCUGUUAUACCACAACCACCUCCUCCGCCUACUCUGUUAAGCAUGCCACCACCUCCUCCUCCCCCUCUGCCAGAAGAACCUUACCCUGAAGCUGAAAAGCCUCCCGAGCCUCCUUAUGAUGAAGAUGAGGAAGAAGAAAAAUUGCUCAGAGCACAACUUUUGCAAUCUAUGGCCAGCCGAAGAAAAGACACAAGCAACAACAAUACUCCACAGUCUAUACUGGCUAGUUCACUGAAAGAGGAUUCACCAAGUUCGUCCAGGAGCCAGUCCCCUUUCCAUUUAGAAAAAGUUGAACAAGAACGGAAGAAGCCAUAUUAUCCUCCAAAAGUGAUGCCAAAACAUCCAUCUGUUGUCAUUAACCUAGCUGAAGAUUCAUCUGAUAGUGAUGCUGAAACGGAAACUGAAUCCGAUGCCCCACAGCCAAUGGCAAUGCUUUCAGGACUUGAUCAAUUCCUUAAAGAUGCUCGGAAAUCAGUUGAGACUAAAGUUGAAAAGAGCCCUGUACCUGAUGCUAAGCAGUUGACAAUGGCUGAAAAAGAAUUGGCUACUGCUGAACGACUGAAAGAUCUGAAAAAACAAGAAGUAGACUUACAGGCUGCUGAUGCAGGUUUCCGACAAAUGGAAGUAAAAUAUGUGGAGCAAAGGAAAAAAAUGUUGCGGGAUCAGGCCGAAAUGAAAACUUUAGUGACACGGGCAUCCAAGUUCCUUACCAAUCUAAAAUCAGCUGAGAAAAGUUGUGAAGUCCUUAAAGAGAACUUGAAAAAGUCUGAGAAACUUGUUAAAGUCAACCAACAACAAGUGACCAAAGUUAAAGCAGAAAUUCAGCAUGUGAAAAGCCGACUACAGUUAAAUCAGUCCAGUGUCCUCCAGUUGGAGAAGAACCUCCUGCAAAUAGGCAAACGACUGUAUGGUAAUGGUUAUCAGCCUAGGACAAUUGCUGUGGACAGUGUUGGCAACAAACAAGAACUACCUUUGUUGUCAACCAAGUUGCAAAAAUCAAAUGUUUUAACUGCUAAUCAUGUGUCCAAUACCAACAAUUCAACUGUUCAGAAGAGAAAAAAUGUGGAGGAGAUAGCCAGAGAGAAACGACGGUUAGAACAGAUGCAAUUAGAGUAUGCUGAAAAGUUAAGUCGGCUUCAGAUGCAAGCUCAGAAAAAAGCAGCAGCAGCAACUGCGGCAUCAAAGCCACAGCCUCUGCCCAGGCUUGAGAAAAUAGCCCUUGACUGUACAGAUGAAUCAGAAUACAGUGAUCACUCUCAGAAUGCCAAGCCAGUUGUGCCCAUGCGCAGGAAAUCUCUUAUAAUGCUCAACUCCAACAUGAAGCCAGAAAUUGUGCAGAAUAAGGAAAAUAUACAGUUUGAUUUAGCAGUCCCACAUCUGCCAUCAGAAAAUCAAGAAGACUGCUUUAAGAUGCCAGAAUCAUCACAACUUACAAGUCUUCGAAAAGUUUUACAUGAAAAAAUGCAGGGUUUUUUGAAAUCCCCAAAUUCCAAAGUUAAUUCUACAGAAGAUUUUAGUUUAUUACUACCUCCUAUAAAAUCGGUUUCUGGUUUGAAGCUAGAUGUGCCACCUGUGUCUAAUGAUCAAAGUAAUUUGCCUAAUAUCAGUUGUUUUAAGCCUUACAAAAGUCCUCUGUUACACUUCAGAUCAUAUAGAUUCAGUCCUUUCUUCCGCACAAAAGAAAAUAUGUCAUUAACUUGCCAAAGUUUUUCACACAAACUCAAUCCAAAGAGAUUUCUAUGUAACUAUGAAUUGCUUGGGACAUGUAAUGAUCAAGAAUGCACAAGCCAACAUAUAAAAGAUUAUGCAAUGUCCAAGACUGAAAUCUUACAAGAUGUUGUUUCUUAUGCACCAGGAUUGUCUGGUGCAACAGAUCUUCCAAUAGAAAAACUAGCCUCUCAAAUCAAUGUCUAUGUAGAGAAUGUUCUGAAUCAGAAUCAAGGCCGAAUGACAAUGGAUGAGUUAUGUUUGUUGCAGGUCAGCAAAGUCAAUGAAUAUGCGAUGCAUGUUGUGCCUCAUACUAUGUUCUUUGAACCAAGAUUAUGGAAACCUUCACAGAAAAAACAUCCUGAUAAUGUAGAUGAUAUCUAUUCUGAAUCAUAUUCUGAAAAUCACACCAUCUUUGGACAGUCCCAACUUUCAUUAGAUCCAGAAUCUGUAUGGGAAGAAGUAGUUGAUGAGCAGGACAUUCGCUAUUUUGCCAAUAAUGAUAAUGCUGCUGCUAUCGAUGACUUGGAAUCUGCACUUCUACAAGAUCCUCAUAAUGAUCAACUUUGGCUAAAACUUGCUAACAAGAAGUUGAACAGCAGGGAAAGUGAGCGUCUUGACCAAGCCCUUAAUGUUUUGGCCCGUGGCCUAGAAAGCAAUAAACAGUCCCCAUUUUUAUGGCAACGUUAUCUUCAGCUAUACAGCCAACACCAAGACAGCCAAAAUGAUUUAAUAAAUAUGUGCCAGACAGCUAUACAAAAUGCCCCAACUUACAGUAUAUGGUGGCUGUAUCUGAAUAAAAUCCAGAAUUACUUUGAGAAAACAAAGUUGUGCAAAGAGAUUCUGCAGUUUCUAAAGAAGGAAGAAACUAAUGAAAAAGGAUCCCAUUAUAUCACUGAGAUUAUUGUCUAUCAGGUUGGACUCAUGGUCAUCACAAACAGAUACAAAACAGGGCUUCUUUUCCUAAAGAAUCUAUUACAAACUCCUAGCAGUGAAGAUAAAGAGUUAAUGUUGAAGCUGUGGCCUGCUGACCGGUGCCUAUUAUGGCUGUGUUAUAUACACUUGUAUGAAUUUCAUCAGUUACCAGAUCGGCUUUAUGACCCAUGUGGGAGCCAUCCUGAUAAACUAGUUGCUAAGACUAUUUUAAUUGACUGGAAAAGUGAGCAUCAUCAGUUGAAUUGCCAGAUGAGUUUCUUGAUUGAUUUGUUUAAUGAAGCAUUGGACGCUUGUGUAGAUGUUCAACAAAUGAAUGGAGAAGAACAUCAAACAGUUGCCUCUAUUUUAUACUGCAAUCUCUUCAAUUUAUUCCGUAGUCAAGCCAAAUGGGAGGAAUCUGUGAAAUUGUGCCUUGAUGUGUUAAAUAAGUGGCCAGAACUUGAGGAUGUGUGGCUAUCAAUGGCUCAAUUAUAUAUUGUCUCUGGAGAUAGAGCCGCUGCAAAACGGGUAUUUGCUGAUGCACUGGAAGCAGGCCAGUAUUCUGCCAGGGUAUAUCUCUAUGCUGCGAUGUCUGAAAUGGCUGGAGAUGAUUAUGAUCGAGCGCUUGAAUAUCUGGAGGAAGCUGCUGUCAUUUGUUUUGAUAUCACUACUCGUGACCCUCGCUGUGAUCCAAAUAUUCUUUACUGCUGUCUGUUGGAUCAGACUGUCCCUUUUGGUUACAAAACUCCUGAAUACUGUGAUAGAAUUACGCCCAAAGUGAUACAAAAAAAUCAGUUAUAUUUAUGGCUUAGUUAUUGUUUAUUAUUAGAGCUUCAGGGAGAUAAUGCUCAAGCCAUAGAAACUUAUGAAACUGCACUGUCCACUGUUGAUCUGACUAUUGAUAUUGCCAAGAUUUGGAAACAUUAUGUAAGGUUUCAAAUCCGCCAACUUUGUCAGGAAGGCCUGUCUUCUUUGGCCUCUAAACUCUCGGGUUUGGUUAUACGAUGCUUAACAAGCCUACCAGCCAAAACAGAGUUGUCCCACUGGCCAGGCCACUAUUGGCUCAACUAUGAACAUCAUAACAAUAUUGUUGACCUUUACAUCAGUUGCCUCGGUAAAGAGCAACAGUUUAUUGCCUAUGAUAAAUUUAUUUCUAUCAUGCCAAACAACACAGAUUUAAUUCUAAGAGCCUUUGAUGCAGCAGUUGCUGUUGGUGAUUUCUGGCGAGCAUCUGCCUUCUGUCAAACUGGAAUUCAUGAAAAACUGCCAAGUAUUCACUUCUGGAUCAAAGUGACUUCACUUGCAAUAGAAAAGGGUGGCGGAAAUGAGGUGCAGCAGCUGUUCAUGAAAGCUGUCAGAGUUCUACCCUAUGCUGUGUCAAUAUGGAAACAUUUUCUCUUCUUCGAGGUGACUUUGGGAGCUGAGGCAAAUGUCUUGCAGAUAAUCCGCCGUUGUAAGGAACUGGAUGUGAAUAUCUUGGGUUUUGUGAAGACUAUCUCUCGUGUUACAGAGGCCUCUGGAAAGAUUAUCUCCCCUCCCCAUCCACACACAUUUUUUACAUUUCUUCCCUCCCCAAAUCCCAGUACCUACCACAAAUUGUUGCCUACUUCAUUGUACCUGCCCACUCUUAUUUGCCUCUGUUGGUCUUUUUUUAUGUUAAGGGCCAUUGCUUCUAUCCUAGUCUAUGCUGGGUAG